AUGGAUUCCCACCUAAUAUUCCUGCUGUUAUAUUCAGUGUGUGUCUUCGGGAAUCCAUGUUUGAACCGUCAAAAAAGUGCCUUUCCACACGAAACUGAUUGUGACAAGUACACAUAUUGCAAGCGAGGUGUACCAACUGUGGGACAGUGCCCACAAGGACAGGUCUUCGAUGUCGUGGAAAAUAAAUGCCUACCAAAAAACAUAGGAAAAUGUGACCCCAAACUCCUAGGAAAUUCUCCUACGCCUAACAACAUCAAAAAGCGGGCUGCUGAAGAAACAUCACAAAUUGACAUCCGUCGACGUAAACUAGCGUUACCGGAAUGUCAUGAAAAGAGUACAUGGAUUGAGGGCGACCCGGAAGACUGUAGGCAUUUCUACCUGUGUGUUAUAGGUGAAAUCAGCCGAGUGGAUUGCCCUUACGAUUUUGUGUUUGAUCCUUCGAAAAAGUUUUGCGUACCCCCAACACACUACAAUUGUAUUACCAGUACAACAACAACGAGCACAAGUACAACUACAACAACAACUCUUAAAAAAUCACCAACUACAACAAAAACUAAGACUACGACAGAAGAACUACUGCCCCCAUGCGGUUACUCCGACGAUUGGGAACGACCAGACCCGGCGUCAUGUACUCAGUACUACAAGUGUCUAAACGGUCAAGUUAUAACUGUGCACUGUGAUGGCUAUAAUGAGUUCAGUCCUACGAAACUUGUAUGUUUACCCAAAGAGCAGGCUAGAUGCAGAACCUCGUAUUUUCCCGAAUGUCAAGAGUAUGAUGUUUGGUCUCUGCCCAACCCAUCAUCUUGCACUAACUUCUACUGGUGCAAUAAGGGACAAGUUAUUAAAGUCAACUGCCCGUACCUUAACGAGUUCAGUCCUACAGAACUUGAAUGCUUACCAAAAGACCAAGCUGGUUGUAGUAUUACCCCCACGACCCGACACCCGGAUAUACCAAGAACUUGGACGCCUUCUACGAUACCCUCUUGCGGCAUCUACGAUUACUGGGUCCAAGGUGACCCCAGCGACUGUUCGAAGUACUUGAUCUGCAGUCAGGGAAAAAUUGAGAAGUAUGAAUGCUGUUGUGGGUACGAAUUUAGUCCUAUACAGAUGGUAUGUAUACCCAAAGAGCAGGCUGGGUGCAGUGGAUUACCAUAUCCUGCAUGUGGUUACGAUGACAACUGGGCACUGCCAAGCCCAGACUCUUGCGCAGAUUUCUACCUGUGCAAUCAAGGUCAAAUUGUCACCGUAACGUGCCCCUAUCAUUAUGAAUUCAGUCCCUCAGCGCUUGAAUGUCUGCCAAAAGAAAUUGCAGGAUGUUCUCCAACAACAAAACCCCCGGUUACUAGGACAACAGUUGUAUCAACAACAGUCGCAACAACAACUGUUGAUCCGGACUCUACAUGCACAAACACAAGUGUAUGGAUGCAUCCACACCCGGAGAACUGUCAACUUUACUUAAUGUGUUUAUACGGAGUAUUAACUAUUGAAAAAUGUAGCGAAACUAGUUUAUUUGAUCCGGUAUCAAUGUUCAACAACAGUGACUCCUCCAACAACAACAAGUUCAACAACAGUGACUCCAACAAUAACAAGUUCUACAACAGUGACUCCAACAACAACAAGUUCAACAACAGUGACUCCUCCAACAACAACAAGUUCAACAACAGUGACUGCUCCAACAACAACAAGUUCAACAACAGUGACUUCUCCAACAACAACAAGUUCAACAACAGUGACUCCCCCAACAACAACAGGCCCAACAACAGCACCACCAACAGGCCCAACAACGAAAGCCCCACCAACAGGGCCUACAACAACAAGUGUUCCAACAGGGCCUACAACAAAGGCACCACCAACAGGGCCUACAACAACAAGUGUUCCAACAGGGCCUACAACAAAGGCACCACCAACAGGGCCUACAACAACAAGUGUUCCAACAGGGCCUACAACGAAGGCACCACCAACAGGCCCAACAACGAAGGCGCCACCAACAGGGCCUACAACGAAGGCACCACCAACAGGUCCAACAACAGUGACUACUCCAACACCAAGUGGCCCAACAACAGCAACACCGUCAUCUAA